AUGAAUGAGUUUCGUAGGAACGGUGAUACUCGGCCAGUAGUCUACUUAGAUGAAACCUGGGUUAAUCAAAACCAUACCCGUCGACGUAUUUGGCAAAAUGAAGAAAAUACGGAAGGUUUAAAAGUACCUACGGGUAAAGGCAGUCGCCUCAUCAUAUGCCACGCCGGAUCUCCUUCCUUCGGAUUCAUUAAAGAAUCAAAACUUAUUUUCCAAUGCAAUUCUGGUAACAAAGAUUAUCAUUCUCAAAUGAACGCCACAAUUUUUGAAAAUUGGUUUUCACAAAUGCUACUUAACUUAGAACAGCCGAGUAUUAUUGUUAUGGACAACGCGUCGUAUCACUCUUCGUUGAUCGAGAACUAUCCGAAGUCCAACAGUAGAAAGGCAGAUGUUCAACAGUGGUUACGGGAUAAAAAUAUAGAUGUUUCUCCCGUAGAAACACUUGACGAGUUACGAGAAAAAUACAAUCCAAUAGAAUUAAUUUGGGCCCAAGUUAAAGGCAGAGUGGCUGAAAAAAAUUCAACAUUCAAAAUUGCAGAUGUCGAGACAAUUGUGCAUAAAGAGAUCGAUGCAGUAACUCCGGAAGAUUGGGCCAAAUGUGGAGAAUAUUGCGUCAAGAUUCAGGAGGAGGACUUUGCCAAGGCAGGAUUAAGAGACGAGAUAUUAGAACCAAUAAUAUUGACCAUUAAUCCUGACGAAAGCAGUUCAAGUGAAGAUGAAGACGACAAUGAUGACUAA